GUACCAUCUUUUCCCCCUGCCGAUCUGUUCGAAAAAAUAAGUAUCAUCAAUUGACGAGAACGGAUAUGCACGGAAAUCAUGUGCAUACGGUACAGCGAUAAACGUAACCGUCGAGCAACAUAAGUAACAAAAGUGAGGACUGACGUCAAAAGUGCGAGAUAGAAAAAAAAUUACAAGAAUUCGCGUGUUUGGUACACGAUUCGUUGCAAUCAUAGAUACCAUAUUCGAUAUAUCUAUGUUCUAACGUGUGACAUCCGUCGUCAUUUUCCAACUACCCUACGUACAAUUCGUCGAUUGAAUUGAGAUAGCGAGAAAUACCGAGAGGCUCGAUACAUACGGUGAGAGAAUACGUCGCGUCUGCAAUAUGAGAAUGAAGGUGAACGCCGAUUUUACGCAACUAUUGGCCAUUUGGAUUUGCGUCAUUUUAAAUUUCGCUUAUGGAAGUGUGCGGAGCAAAGUACGAUGUUCCAAAGAGGCCAUGGCCGUUGACAUUGUGAGGAGUAGCCCUACCGCCGGAAUAUAUCUGCAAAAUUUAAAAGACUACCCAGACGAGGCGUGCAAGCCGAAAUUGAGCGACGGCGUCGCGACUUUUUGGCUAUCUCUCGAGGAGGAGGAAUUUUCGCGAUGCGGGUUGACGAAAGUUUUCAACACGGUGACGGGUCAGAAGGUCUACUACCAUCGUGUGAUCGUCGACGAUUCACCGGCCAACGGAAAACACGGUUUCACGGUGAAAUGCGUCAUCACCGAAUUUACGGUUCCCGCGCCGGGCAAUUCAACGCAGAAUCGCACGGUAAUCAACCGUAGAAGUCUUCCGGACAACUUCGAGGAGCCAGACGUUAUCGACGUGAGCAAGGAAUUUCUCGGGGAAGCCCCCGUACCGAUUUUAGGGGUCGGCGUCCGUCAAGGGGGAAAUUUGGUCACCGGAGAACUGAACGUCAGCCCAGGUACGCCGUUGCAGAUGGAAAUCUAUUUGGAUGCAGUGUCGGCGCCGAUUUAUGGCAUUCUGGUAACUUACAUGCAGGUCUCGGACACGAAGAGUCAGGAAGAAACUAUCAUAUUCAACGGGUGUUCCGUGGACCCGUAUCUUUUCGAGAAUUUCAACACGAUAGACGGCGAUUUUUUGAACGCGAGAUUUCGGGCGUUCAAAUUCCCCGAGAGCACGUACGUGCAAUUUCGAGGAACGGUCAACGUGUGCUUGAACAAAUGCGACGGGAACGAAUGCAGCAACGGGCAGGUUGGAUACGGAAGAAAAAAGCGAUCACUUUCGGGAGCUACAAACGACAAAAAUAACAUAUUCAAAGUCACGAUGUCUAGAAUUAUAAAAGUCGACUUCGAGGGAGGCGAUGUUGCGGACAAAGCGUUGUUGGAAUUCGUAAGGGGUUGGAAAAAUGAUAGUAAAGCUGGGAGACCGCCGAUAACCAAGGAGGUAAUUGGAGAGCAAUUCAAAUACAGUGUGAUAGAAUCUCAAACGAUGAGUGGAGAAUCGUUUCUAAAAGCGACAAGUAUUUCAGUUAUUCUGUUAUGCCUGUUACAGGUUCUUUAAUUACGCAGGUGACUCAUCGUAUUUUAUUUUAUUAUUCGUAAAUUUUUCUUUUAUAUCAUUUUCUUCUACCCCUCCUCUCUCUCUUCUCCUCCACUUAUCCUUAGAAUAAUAUGACUCAAUGACUCGAUCGACCAAUGAGAAUGGAAAAAAAAGGAUCAACUCGAAUUAUGUAAUUAAAGAAAUUGACUUUCGAAGUAUUGAUUUGGUUGCCAGGAGUUGAAAAAAAAAAAGAAGUUAUUAUAACCGGUGACAGAAUCUGGCAUUUCCAGAAUUUCCAGAACUUGGAAUCUUUUAUUUUGUGGAUAUAAUUUAUCGCUCGAUGCUUCUUCUGAUUGAAUUUUAAUGAUCAAUCACCAUUAUUGGUGCUGCAGACCUGUAUAUUGUAAUGCUCAUCCCGUGACUGUUUUAAAAUUCAUUUUAUAAUCAUUAUGAAAAAACCAUUGGGGAGUCAAAGUCUAUGUAAUAGAAUAAUAGUUAUGACGAUGAUGAUGGCGAUGAUCGUUAGGAAAGAAACAGAAAAGAAAGGUGGAAAACAAAACUUUAUAGAAAAAAAAUAAUAUCCAAGUAACAUCAUUGAGAAUAGAUAGGGUAUCUAUUCUCAAUGGUUACAUCAAUCACUUUGUGGACGACUUCAUGUGAUAAUAUAUUAACUAAUUUCAAUUUACCUAAAUGCAAUUUUCAUAUGAUAAUCAUAGCGAUUAUGUGUAUGCAGACAAUAAUAUGGGUAUAAGUAUAAGUAUAAUAUACCAUACAUGUGUAUCACUGCACGUUCGCGGAGCUUGCGUUGUGAUCACUGCAGGCAAAGGUUAAAUUAACAAUGCUAAUAAUAAUAGCAACAACCGCAAUCAUGAUCAUGAUAAUGAUAAUGAUAUUGACAAUAUUAAUGAUCAUGAUAACAUUGCUAAUAAAAAUUGCUUCCCUAUUGAAUAAUGGAUCCCUAUUUCAAGAAUCUCGAUAUUUGAGAAAGUCCAAAUACUAACAUAUACUAUGUAUAAAUUAAUUCUUAACGAUGACGAGUAUAACAAUCCUUGUGUAAUAUUCUUCGUUAUGUGACUGCUAAUUAAAUUUGUAGCUGAAGAGUUUAUAAGAGAUAAACCGAUGAAAUGAAUAAUUGGCUUUUGCAAAUGGGGAAUAUAGAAAAAUAAGCUAGUCGAUCGUGGGACGACUAAAGAUAUAAAUGCAUAUUGUUAUCAAUCCAUUUACCUAUGCAGGUAUAUGUAUAGUUGUAUACAUAGAUAUAUCCACUCAAAUAUUGGAGAAAACUAUAAAUAAAAUAUGUGAUUGUAAUUAA